AUGACAAAUUCAAGUCAAGUAAAUGUUGGAACAGUGAGUGCUACAACAACAUCGGUUGCACACAAUCGUUCAACUGCUUCCCUUGCACCGGUUGAGAAACCUGCAAAGUUUUCUGGUGUCGACUUCAAGAGAUGGCAGCAGAAGAUGUUCUUCUAUCUGACUACGUUGAGUCUGCAGAGGUUCAUUAAUGAGAAUGUUCCUGUUAUGUCGGAUGAAACUCCGGCUGAAGAACGAUUCUUUGUGACAGAAACAUGUACACAUUCAAAUUUUUUGUGUAAAAAUUAUAUUCUGAGUGGCCUGCAAGAUGAUCUGUACAAUGUGUACAAUAGUCUCAAGACCUCAAAAGAACUCUGGGAUGCUUUAGAAAAGAAGUACAAAGCAGAGGAUGUCGGAAUGAAGAAGUUCAUUGUGGCAAAGUUUUUGUACUAUAAGAUGAUAGACAUGGCGGCCAUUAUUGAGAAGUUAUCUCCGUUGUGGAAGGACUUCAAAAACUACUUGAAACAUAAACGCAAGGAGAUGACUGUUGAAGAUCUAAUGGUAAGGCUGAGAAUCGAAGAGGAUAACAAAGCCGCAGAAAAAAGGGCUAUUGAAUGUCAGGGUCCCAAGAAGGACAAGAAGAAGGAUCAAGGAAAUUUGGCUGAAUCCAGAGAAGAGAUGGACGAUCUCUGUGCAAUGCUUUUAGAAUGCAACUUGGUUGGAAAUCCAAGAGUAUGGUGGAUAGAUUCUGGUGCCUCAUGCCAUGUUUGUGCCAACAAAGAAUUAUUUACAUCAUAUACUCCAGCACCAGCAGAUGAGAAGUUAUUUAUGGUGAACUCCGCUGUUGCAAAGGUUGAAGGAACUGGCAAGGUCCACUUGAAGAUGACAUCGGGCAAGGUGGUGACUUUGAACAGGGUCUUGUAUGUUCCAGAAUUGCGAAAGAACUUAGUUUCUAUACCAGUUCUUACCAAGAAUGGAUUCAAAUGUGUAUUUGUUUCUAAUAAAGUUGUAGUAAGUACGAAUGAGAUGUAUGUAGGAAAAGGUUACCUCACUGAGGCCUCUUCAAACUUAAUGUAA